UUGCUCAUAAUGGAAAAAAUAUUCGCUGUGAUUGCAAUAACGUUUUAUUUAACAAACUGUGACGCUGCUAACUUAGGUUUGCAGAAACAACUCAAUCCAGUUCACGGUCUUUUCGUCAAGCCAUCUGAAGAUGGUAUCACGGGAGAUUUGUACGUCGCUGCAACAGAAGACAACGGAAUAACCUCAGAAUGGCUGACAGAUCAGCCCAUCAACUUUUUAUCAAAACCGUCGGCGUCUCAGUCUCAAGCAGCUUCUAUGCCAGUGACAUACACGUCAAGUCUAACAACCAGUAGCUCGCCUCACGAGGAAACGGUGACUACUAAAAAACGGGCUGUUUUUACAAGUCCUGCAGUAAAAUACGCUUAUGCCCUACCCGUACCUGGACCCACAGAUGGAAACUCAUUUAACCCAUAUCCAUACGCUUAUUACGCACCAAGCAUUAGCAAACCAGGCGAAGAGUCACAAUGCCGGUCAGAGAAUGUCGCUUCUCCAGCCACUGGCGUACAUCCUUACCCCUACCCUUACUACUACCCACACAUGAUGACUGCUUUGUCAGCCGCUAUGAAUGCCCUCAAAGAAGGAGACGAAGAUAGUAGUGCAAAUGUUUCACAGCCAGCGCAACACGGUUGGCCGACUGCGUAUGCGUAUCCAUAUCAAUACAUUAUGGUGGAUCCCGCAACCUGGGCUCUCAGUCAAACAGCAACAUCCGGAAAAGUGGACACAGGAGCGACAGAUGACGAAUAA